UCUAGGCACGCCUUGGUGAUCGAUACUCCUCGGGCAAGCCUCUGACUACUCGGAGACAGCCGGAGUAUUCGGUCCAGAAGGAAAAGUCGUCGCCGGCCUCCGACGACUCGACACUGUCCAAACUCGAGACAGCACUCAUCGGACUGAGCCGGCUGGGCUGAUGGCGGGGCCGGGCGCGCUCUGGGAGGCCCUCUGGGCACUCCUGCCCCGCACGAAGGAGGAGCUGAAGCUGGAGCUGGGAGAGAAGGUGGAGGGCAGCGUGGUGACGCUGCUGCAGGAAGCCGCUGAGCUCUUCUACGGGGACAGGAGGCAAGAGUGUCUGCAGACCUGCGAGGCGCUGCUCGACUACUCCUGGGAGAAGCUCAACACAGGGCCCUGGCAGCACGUGGACAAGGGCUGGCGGCAGGUGUACUCCUUCAGCUGCCUCCUGAAAGCCGUGUGUCUGUGCGCGCCGCCGGGGGAUGCUGCCUCCGUGGCCGCCGCCCUGAAAGCCUGCGACAUGGGCCUGCUGAUGGGGGCGGCCAUCCUUGGGGACAUCCUCCUUAAAGUCACUGCCGUCCUCCAGAAGCACCUGCUCUCUGGAAAAAGGCCCGCCCCCGGCCCGAGCCAGGAGCCGCUUGGCAUAAAGAAAGCAAGGAAGGACCACGUUCCGAUUCCAGAUAUGACGUCAGAAAGCACGGUGCCCCGGCUUCACUGUCCAUCCCUCCAGUAUUUCAGGAAGCAUUUCUUGGAUCCAGGGAGGCCUGUGGUCUUGGAAGGUGUGGCCAACCACUGGCCGUGCAUGAAGAAGUGGAGUCUGGAGUACAUCCAAGAAAUCGCUGGCUGCCGCACCGUCCCAGUAGAGGUCGGUUCCAGGUACACGGACGAGGAGUGGACCCAGACGCUCAUGACUGUCGAUGAGUUCAUCAGCAAGUACAUCAGGAAUGAGCCGAAGGACAUCGGGUACCUUGCUCAGCACCAGCUCUUUGACCAGAUCCCGGAGCUGAAGCAGGACAUCAGCAUCCCCGAUUACUGCUGCCUGGGCGCCGGGGAGGAAGAGGAGAUCACCAUCAACGCCUGGUUCGGUCCCCAAGGCACCAUCUCCCCGCUUCACCAGGAUCCCCAGCAGAACUUCCUAGCCCAGGUGAUGGGCAGGAAAUACAUCCGGCUAUACUCCCCGCAGGAGUCAGAGGCCCUGUAUCCUCAUGACACGCACCUUCUUCACAACACGAGCCAGGUUGACGUGGAGAAUCCCGACGUGGAGAAGUUCCCCAGGUUUGCCGAGGCCCCAUUCCUGUCCUGCAUCCUGUCUCCGGGAGAGAUCCUCUUCAUCCCGGUGAAGUACUGGCAUUACGUGCGGGCUCUGGACUUGAGCUUCUCGGUCAGCUUCUGGUGGUCGUAGCCCGAGAGGAGGGUGCCCGGCAAGCAGAUGCGCUCGUGGUCACACAUCCUCCGCCCUGUGCCCGGCCCGGCCUGCGCCUAAGGACUCCCUCGUCUUGGCACACGCAGGGCGAGGGGUGCCCAGGCCAGUGUGGGCAGCAGAGGCAGGCGGGUGGGACCCCAAAGGGACAUUCCCGGCCCACAACCUGCACAGAAGCUCCGGGGCUCUGAGGUUGGCUGCCUGGAUUCAAGCCUGGCCCUGUCGCUUAACCGCUGCAUGAUGUGGGGCAAGGAACUCCACUGUGUCUCCAUCUGGGGAACAGGGCGGCGCUAGUCCUCACCACAGAGGGCUCUGGGGACGUGGUGUGGGCAGAGCUGCGCUACAGACCUCAGCCGCUGUCACCAGCCUUCCUGAUUAUUACUGUUGUAAAUACUGGCCUGUCGGGACAGCCAUGGCCCGCAGGCUCUGGAGCGGGGUGGCCAUGGCCUGGUCACGGGGGUGCUCAGCUCAGGCCUCUGCUGGGCAGUGGGGAGCCUGGGGCCGUUUCUGGCUUGGUUACUGAAGUGUAACCUGCCUUCAGGGAAGCGCACAGCCCUGCCAGCUUGGUGAAUUUCCCACUCCACACGCUCCCAGCAGCCAGGAACCACCUGGCGGCCCUCCUGCCCCUUGCUGCCGCCAUCGCCCGGGACCACUCCUCUCUGAAAGAGGGUUUUAGGCCAGGAGAGAGGCCCAGGCUUCAGACUUUCCAUAAACACGUUUGUUUUGUUUGUAUAAAACAUGGGUGGUUCUGUUUGAAUUUUGACCAGGUAAGGAUGCUGGGGGCAGGGGUGUCACAGACCUGCAGGAACAGCUGCGGAGGCGGCCCAGGGCCAUGCCUCUACCCACCAGGCCUCUCUCCCUCCGUGGCCACCUCAUGUCUGCUGGUCUGACCCUGGCCUCGGUCUCUUCCCUCUUGUAGGUAGCCUUCUUCCCGGGGGGAGAAGAUGGCCCCAGCAGGUCAACUCCAGAUCCCAGCACCUCUACCCACAGCUCAGAAACCUCAGGGAAGGUUCUGACCAUUGGGCCUGGGACCUUCGCCCAUUCUGGGGCAAUGCCGUGGGGCAGGGAGUGGCUGCUCUGAUUGGCGGGGCCUGGCUCACAGGCCCCCCCUGAGUUACUGUGAGAAGGGGGGUGGGAAGCAUUGAUGGGCAGCUAAAACUAGCUACUAAUGUCCUCUGUAACCAGGCCAAGGAAUUUGAACCUUAUCAUGUAGGUCUUGGGGCUUCAGCGUUUUGAGCAGAGAGAUCAUCAGAACAUACGUUUGAUUCUCAGCAGGGAAGAGGAGGGGCUGAUGGGCAAAGCUGCAGGGUGGCCGUGGGUCUGACGCCGUGGGUGAGCCCGGGCGAAUACGAGAGCUGUUUAGAAAGGAAUCGCGGGCUCUGUGAGCAGUUGCUUGUGAGGUCGUUUAUUCCCCUACCCAGCAUUAUUGAUAGUUAUUUACCUCAUUUUUCAUAUGAAGAAUUUAUAGCAAAUAUCAACGCCGCUGAAGGCAGUCAGGCAUAAAAUAGGGAUGCCACCAUGCCCACAGGCUCGCCAUCAGUGAGGAGACGGGCUGCAGACAAGCCAUAACUCCAGGGCUGCCUGCAUAACGCCCACUCCUUCCCCGGCUCCAGCUCCCACGGUGGCCCAGCCUUUAGGACCCCAUCCAUCCCAGCUGGCAGGUCCCACUCCUGACGAAAAGCGGUUCUCCUGUAAUGUCAUGGUUCUGAAGUUAGGGACUAGAGGAAGCGUUCAUUAAAACAUAUUGAGGCCUGGCCGCCUCGAGCAAGUGUCCCUUGUCAGAUGGGAAGAUGAAAUCUUCAUCUGCUCUCCGGGCAAGGCUCCCAUCUUGCUAGUAUCCCCGCUGGAGGGCUGGCUUCAGCUCUGAGGGGUGUGGACUGAAGGCGGCUUAGAAGAAAGGUGCCAACCAGCUGCUCGCAGGGCCGAGGGGAGGUACGGGCACCCACCCACUGGAGCUGCAGAGAGGCCUGCUCAACACCGGAGUCCUGUGCCAGGCAGGGCGCGGCAUCGAGCAGGAUGGGGGCCCUGCCCUCCUUGUGUUUCAUGCUCUUGGGGGGGUCCGGAGAGGAGACGGACAAUAAAAUAAGUAGUGCGGAUAGUGGUAAGUGCCAUGAAGGCAAGAGAACAGGGUGACGGUGGAAUGUGGCAACAGGGGAGGGAUUGGGGACGUGACUUUCAUAGCUGACGUCUGAGUAGAACCUUGAAGGACCUGGAGUCCAGAACUGACACUGAGAUUUGAGGACGGUGCUCCCAGCAGCAGGUGCAGCAGCCCCGAGGCAGGAAAGCCUUGGCCUUGGGAGAGAGGAAGGGGCUGGUGCAGCACGAGCAGAGGGCGCUGAGGGAAUGGGGAGGGCAGGGCCUGGACUGUGGCAGCGGGGGGAGGGAUGAAGGUGCUAAGCAAGGAGAGACGAGGGCUGAUCACAUUGCCGAGUGAGAAGAGCCCAAAGGGGGAGACUGGAGGCCGGAAGAGCGGUCAGUGUCCCCGGUCCAGUAAUCCCUGGAGUGACACGCUUGGGGCACCAGUGGGAGGGCAGAGUGGUGGGAGACAGGCUGUGCCCGGGGGCGGCAGGGCCGGAUCACCAAGGCCUUGAGUGCCAGGCAAGUGCUCUGGAACUUGGGGUUAGGGCUUUGGUUGGGCCGUGCCAAGGGGUCCUCAGGAAGUUCGUGCUGGCGUCACCGCAGGGGAGACUGGCAGCAGGAGGGCAGUGUCCCAGCAGCAGGUGCUCAGAGCUUCCUUGACACCUGCGUGGUGUGACCCUGCCUGGCCUUGACCGCCCAGCCACCUGCCCGGACAGGCAGGAGGGCCACGGCGUGCUGCUCUGCUUUUGGGCCCUGGCCUCCAUUCGCCCUUGUCUGGAACAGCAUUGUGGAGGAUGCCCUUCCUCCCGGGAAUGCAGCCUUGGAGGGUGUGUCAACCCGGAGCCCUUCCUGCACCUGCAUCUUGAGGGCGCAUUGGGACGACGAACAGAACAGCUGGAGCUGCUGUGCAGUGGCUGCAGUCCCCACCGUGACCGGGAGUGGGUCUUCCCCGCGGGAAUCCCCGAGCCCAGGGUCCAUGUUUUCUCAGACCCUCCCAAGAAACCCCUUUUCUGGGUAAGCUGGCUGGGGCUGGUUUCGGUGGCACAGCUGCGCCCACCUGCCCGCCCGCCAGUCGGGGCUCCCGCAGGGCUUCACCCAGGCUUGUGUUUGCCUUCAGAAGGCUGGCCCAGGGGCCGGGCCGGCGCACAGCUGAGCGCCUCUCGCUGCCUGGGGGUGGGCCUCAGGGCCCAGGCCGGACCCGGGUCCCGCCCCACAGUGGGUUGAUGCAGGUGAAUCGGGCAGAGGGUCCUUGCCGCACGGGUGGAGGACACCCCACCCUUUGGGCGCCCACAUUCAUUCCCUCUCUCCCUGGUAACAGCGUCUUCAAUUUGCUUAGAGAACCUCCUCACUCAGCUACGUGGCUCGGGAGGGGCUGCCCUACUCACGGCUCAGAGGUGGCCCAGGCCGAGAGUGCCCAUUGGACUAUCCCACCCUCCCCCACAGGUAUCCAGAUUGGAUGUUUGCUGGGAUGGGGGAGCCCCUAAAUGAGGCCCGCCCUCUUCCUCCUGACGGCGGGGCCUGGGUGAGCGAGGCCUGCAAGUAUGGAAGCCAUUUUGCUACCCUGAAGAAAGAGGCUGGAUUUGCUGGAAGACCGUGUUUUAGGCGCCAGCGUGAGGCCAACACUCAUGAUAACAGGGCAGAGAGAGAAAUAGGAUGCCUGGUGACAUCACUGGAACCACUAAGUCAAGCCUCUCCUGAAGGACCUCCUCUGGCCAAGUCCUUCCUUGUUUAAGCCACUCUGAGUUGGGUUUGCUGUCAUGGCUGAAGGGGUCCUGAUUGAUUCUGGGGUGGAAGGGAGGCGAGACAGGGAGUCAAAAUAGUGCGGCAAGUGUGAUGGUCAGAGACACGCGGGGAGGUGGGGGACUGGAGUGGAGGUGGUGACAGCCUAACUAAGAUCUAAAGGGUGGACAGGUGUUGCCCGCAAGGGCGGGACACACGAGGGGAGGGCAGGCAGGCGGGGGAGACGUGUGUGCAGAGGCCUGGCGGUGAGGAACACGAUGGUUCGUCCAGGGACAGAAAGAAAUGCCAUGCCCUGGAAGGUAGGAGGGGAGAGGGGCUGUGGUACAUGGGGCCCCAUCGCGUGGCCCGGGCCCGCGGGCAAGGGCAGUCAGCAGGGUCGUGCCAGGCCGCCUGGCACGGUGGGAAGGUGACUCCGCGGGAGAAGCCUGGAGCCGGUGGGUGAUGCCGUUCAGGCCGGUGCGUCUUGGGCCAAGGAGGGUGCAGCCCGGGGGGCGUCGGGGGGGCCAAGGCCCCCACAAGCCCAAGUCGGGCCGGCCAGUGUGGGUGGGAUGGGUGACCACAGCUGGGGACCGAAGGCAAAGCCGCCCUGAGCAAGUGGCCUCGGACGGUGCUGGGCAGGAGGAGCUCUGCCAGCCUCACUCCGGAGCCCAAGCCGGGGGGCUCCCAACUCUCAGUGAGCUCCAGGAAAGGGGGGCACCCAACCACAGACGAGGCCGAGGUGGCUGC